AUGGAAACAGGUUAUUUCGAUAUAACACAUUCAUUUAAAAUCGAUUCAGCAACUUAUCACGUGUUGGGUUUACGUAAAGAUCGACCAACAUAUGGAAACAAUUAUUAUAUAUUCAAUUGUUCUUGUGAUCGAUCUCAAUCAGCAAGAUUAUCACUUCCACCAAUCAAUUCACAUUGGUGUCAUGAUUAUCAGAAAACUGAGAAGAAAGUUCGUUCUUCACCUGCAAAUGUUCCACCCUCAAAACCAACAACAGCAAGUACAACACCAACGGCAAGUAAUAAUAAUAAUCUGACAGAAAUCAAACAAUAUAUGGUUGACUUAAUGAAAAAAGAACGUGAACAAUUAAUAGCGUCAUUUCGUGAAGAUUUUCAUUCGGAACGAACAACAUUAAUCAAAUCAUUUGAGAAAGACUCUGAAGUUGUGAAUAAUGUGAAAACAAUCGUGAAAAAUGAUAAAGAAGAAUUGAUUCGUUCAAUUGAAAAACAAAGAAGUAUUUUAGAAAGUACUUUUGAAAGACAUAUCAACAAUCUCAAUUCUUCAAUUGAACUUCUCAAAAAAACUUUAACACAAUCAUUCAAAUCUCAACAAGAACAAUUUCAAUCAAUCGAACAAUUUUACACAGAUCUUAACGAAAAGAUUCGACAACAAAUCGAACAAACUAUCGUCAAACAGUACGAAGGUCAACGAACGACAACAAGUAUUGAUCGAACAUCGUUAAAAGAAAUUCAAGCAACACUUAUUGAUGUUGUACAAAGCCAUUCAACGACUGGCAAUGAUGAUGAUUCAUUAAAACGUCUUUUUAACGAUCAAAAACAACAUUUAACUGAUUUGAUUAUGGAACAACAACGAACAUAUCCAACAACCAUCGAUGAAAUUAAACAAUUACAAAAAGAUCUUUUGAAUACAAUGAAAGAAAUUUCGAGUUCAAAUAAACAACAUGAACAAAUUUCAUUGGAUGUUUUAUUUGAAAAACAAACGAAGACUCUAAGUGAAUUGAUAUUUCGUCAACAAGAUUCUUCUUCAACUGAAUUUUUCGAACAGACAAUGAGACAAAUAUUAAAAGAACAUUUUUCCACGAGUAAUUCUUCCGGAAUAAUACAAACUCCGCGUCCAUUUAAAUUUUCAAUCGUAUCAGGAGAAUACGCUCAGGCUUUCGCUCGUUUGUACAUCGAUGGAAAUGAAUAUCCAAAAGAGAUGCACACUUUAUGUCAACGAGAUCCUCACGUAGAAAAUGUUAUUGAUUGUUUUGUUUCACCACCAAGUCGUGAUGGACCAUGUGAAGUGAUCAUUUAUGCUAAAAAAGAGUAUGAAAGAG